GUGAAUUUAGAUUUUUUUUAUUUUAUUUUAUUUUUUUGUUCGGAGGAAUUCGCAAAUUCAGUGUGUGUUUUUUGACAUUUUGUAUUGUGCUUCUCGGAUAAGAUGGAUGUUGGCAUUGAGAAGGAGUGCAGCGCACUGGGAGGGCUGUUUCAGACUAUCAUGCUUGAUAUGAAGUCCAGUUACCCUGCAUGGGAGGAUUUUGUGUCGAAAGGAGCCAAGCUACAGUCUCAGUUAAGGACGACAAUUGCAGUCACUGGCUCUUUCCUUGAUGCCUUUCAGAAAGUAGCCGACUUGGCCACUGGCACGAGAGGUAAGUGCGUGGCUCUCUUUUUAAGGAGGAGGGAUGUUGAGCUGAGACUUGAGGGAGUGUUGGGGGCAGGAGGGAAGGACGAUGCACGAAUGCAGCUGGAAGGCGCUCUGCAGGAUGUCAAUGACAAGUACAUGCUGCUGGAGGAAACGGAGAAGCGGGCCGUGUGCCGGGCGCUCAUCGAGGAGCGAGGGAGAUUCUGCUCCUUCGUCUCCAUGCUCAAACCAGUGCUGGAUGAGGAGAUCGGCAUGCUGGGAGAGGUCACCCACCUGCAGACUAUCCUGGAGGACCUGACGAUCCUGACGAUGGACCCCAGCAAACUGCCCCCGGCCAGCGAGCAGGUGAUUCUGGAUCUGAAAGGUUCUGACUACAAUUACGCCUACCAGACCCCGCCCGCGUCUCCUAGCAACACCAUGUCCCGCAAGGGCAGCAUCAGCAGCACCUACCAGAAUACCUCAAUCCGGCACGUUCCGUCCUUGGACUCCAUCUCCAGUUCCUUGGAGGGAAUCCACCUCCGCCCCUCCUCCACCAGCAACCCUGACGGGGGCAGCCAGCGGUCAGCCAGCUCUCUCUCCUCUGGGGCCUCCGAAGCCUGCAGGUCGCUUAGUGAGUGCAGCUCCCCUACCUCACUGGGCUCGGGCUCGGUGGCUGAGCCUGGCUCUGCAGCACUCUGCAAGGAGCAGCUGUUGAUGAAUAACCUGCAGCAGAAGCUGGGACCAUCCUGCCCUGGCAAUGAGAACAGCACUGCCAUGCCCCCCCCGCAGAACGCAUACACACAGGGCAUAGACCGGCCCCGAGCAAUGACUACCUCCACCUUAAGCAAGCCGCACACGGCCCGGGAGCAGCUGGCCCUGGCUCUUGGGCAGGGUUUGAACUCGGACGCGCAGCGCAGCAGCCGGGACUCCCUGCACUGCUCCAGCGGCUACAGCACCCAGACCACCACACCGUCCUGCUCCGAGGACACCAUCCCCUCGCACGCCGUAAAGAAAGAACCUCUUCUUUAUGACUACGACUCCAUCUCCCUGCACGGAGGCGAGGAGCUCCGUGACCAGGUGGAUUUCGACAAAUCCUCCACCAUCCCGCGCCACAGCGACAUCAGCCUCAACUACCGCAAGAUGUUCCAGAGCAAGCGGCCCGCGUCCACCGUCAGCCUGCUGGCAGCCCCCGAGCCCAUCGUCCCCUCGCCACACGUGGCCACCAUCCGCCGCAAGCCCUCCAGCAAGCCCAACUUCCGCCGGGGCACCCUCAGCGGGGGCGUGCCCAUCCCCAUCUGCACCCCCCAGGUGCCCAUGAAGGCCCCCCCUCCCGCCACCUCCUCUGGGACGGGCAUCGGCACGCUGGGGGCAGGGCGCAGCGACAGUGACAAGCUGGUAAACGCGCAGUCCGAUCUGGUCCACAUGAAGAACAGCUUGUGCACCUCCACGCAGAGCCUGAGCUCCACCUCCUCGCCCUACUACUCCUCCAUACCCAGCCAAGCGCACGGCAGCAUGGAUCAGCUGUACACCAUGAACAGACAGCAGCAGCUUCAGUACCAUCAGCAGCAACAGCAGCAGCUUCACUAUCAUCAGCAGCAUGCACUGCUCAGCCAGAAGCACCAGCAGCAUGUCCAAGCCCGGGCCCCCUCGGAGAAGCAGCACCCCGUCAUCACCAACUCCCUCUCCCCUGAGCCUCCUCCACCAGCGGCAGAGCAGCCGUCCGGCGGUGACAUGCUGAGCAUGAUCCGGCAUGGAGUGCAGCUACGCAGAACACUGACCAACGACCGGUCAGCCCCACAGGUCAACCCCCCCCUCGGCCAGGCUAACUAACAUGCUGGGAAAAGGGGGGAAAGAGGGAGAGGGAAAUAAUGACUUGAAGCUUUGCUUUCUUAAUAUUGUUUGAAAGUUAAAAAGAAAAAAAAAAUUUUUUCAUCUUUUUUUGAGAUGGUUUUCAUCUCAAAAAAGACUGCUGGACUGAAAUCGGGUUAGUAAAUAAAUUAAUAAAUUAAUAAAACAAACAGGAACAAAUUAAAAGUAAGAGGUGUGUGUGUAUAUAUACCGGGGGAUGCUUUAAAGAUGGACUUGUUUUUUGGUUUAAGGAUAUGUUUUGAAAUGGCACAGAUUGAACGUUGCUUGAUUUGAAGUGUGAGAUUAUAUGUUUAUAUUGCAAAAAAAACAAAAAAAAAAUCUGCUUUGCUUCCUAGCAGUGUUUUAUUAUUACCCUGAGUCUCGGCUCUCUUAGCAGAUCGUACAUCGUUUGUAAAUAGCAGCUUAGCACUCAGAUGUGCUUCUUUUGUGUUUUGUUUGCUCGUGCCUGUUUUCUUUUGUUCUUUAUUAAACUAGAUAGCACUGGCAUCUUUUCAUGUUUUUAAAAAAAAAACGAAAAAAAAACCUUGGUUGUCUAUUUUUGUAAGCCAAAAAAAAAAAAAAAAAAGCUUUUUUGCAGAUCUCCCCAAAUAUGUAGAAAUACAGGUAAUGAGCAAAACAUUUUUAAAAGCUACCCAUUUUGAAGCAGAUCAGCUUGUCUCAAUGACUAGUUAAUGUAUGGAAAAGCCCUUGGCAUUGUGGGGCACCCAUCUGAAUAACAGGGGUGGUGCUGCUGGCUGCCUGUCCCAGCCUGUCCCAGGGAGCGUCACGACUGAGCCUGUUCAACUCCACGUGUUCAGAGAGGGUUGAUAGCUGCUGCGGCAGUUUGUUAAGCCCGCCCUGCACGGAGAGGGAGUUGCAGGUGAUUCGCUGUCGUUCAAAAAAGAGCUUCAUCGCACGCAGCAGAUUGCAUGUACUGUCCCAGCGUGGUUGCAACAAGCCAGUCGCAUAGUUCACUGUGUGAUAGCAGAGUGUUUCACUUGUGCCAGUCUCUGCUGGCAGACAGCAUGCCGUGUGAUGGGUUCAGUGAGAGCUGGCAGUCAGGCUGCACAGACUGUAACAGUAGUGCCCGCCAUGCUUUCACACUGUGUUGUUAGCAUGACACAUGCUUUCUAGUGUCUGCUGUAAAGCAGUGUGUUGAAAUGCAAGAAUAUCUAGGUGUUGCAAUGCGGAAUCCUCACGAACAUUAUACAUGCAUUUAUUUUCUAAUCAUUUUGGGUUUUUUUUCAGUUUUUCACCCAACAGUGUGAAUAUUAUUAUUAUUAUUAUUAUUUUUUUUUUUAAGGUUGUAAAGUUCUAAUUGUAUUAAGUAUCGGAUAUUAAGUACAGCAUUUUGUGAUGGUUUUUGUAAUAUUAUUUUGUAAUUAACACUUUGGAGUAAAGAGCUUUGAAAAUGCCCCCGGUGCCUUUGCUUCUCUAAGUUGGCUUUACUCUACUUUAUUCCAAACAUCAUCGGUGUUCUUAGUAGUUUCUGCCAAAUUGUACAUCUUCUAUGAUGCAGGAAAUAAGCUGUAUAGUCAUGUAGUGAUUGAGCGGCCUUGCCCUCGCUUAUCAGAUGCUUUGCAUUGACAGGCUGCUAGAAGGGUCUGAUAGCAGCGAUUCCCUGAGGUAAAGCCGGUGCAGCUGGCGGCUCUUGCUGAAACAGCAGGUUUUCUUGGAGGGGGAGGGUGUGGUUCAUUCAGGAGCUGAAGGAGCAGCGUGUCUUAUUUAUUAGAUUUACUGUGGUGUGCUGUGAGAGUGUCCACAGCGUGCUAACUGCUGCAGCACUGGCAUGCAGUGCUCCCUCUGUCCUGAGUGCUGUGAAAGUGAUCUGUGUGGGGUAACGGGGCAAGCAGGGUCAUGGGGGCGAUGACACGGUGGCUUUCUCCGGCAUGCUGCCAGUCCACUGCAGCUGUUGAGCUCCUCAGCCAUGUCACUGUAGAGGCCCUCAGUGUGGCACCUGGGCAGACAGAUUGGUUCAGGAUCUCGUAUAGCCAUUUAUGAUCCUUGCUGAUCUGCAUCACCAUGGAGAUUCAGGUGCUGUAUUACCCACGGCUUACCCGUCUACAUUGUGAAAGGAAUGCAGAGACGUUUCUUGUUUCUUC